GUUCCAUCACUCGCUUUCACGAUUCCUCCCCGUGUUGCCCGUUCUCCCUCCUCUCUCCUCUCUCUUUUGCUACGUGCCUUAUUACUUCUGCUCUCUGUCUUUCUUGGUCGCUGGGCCUUGUUUACCUGUCGCCUGAUUCCCUUGUCUUCUGCCGGGCGAUUCUCUCCCUGUUCCUGUGUCCUGUGGUCAACUGACAUAAUGGCGGACUAUAACUAUGGAGGCUCCGAGGAGGAGAAUGCGGAGUUGAAGAAGCUGGAGGUUGAGUUGCUCGACGAUCCUGAUAACUUCGAGACCUGGGAGAAGCUGGUCCGCGCCGGCGAGGCGCUCGAGGGUGGAAUUAACCGCAACUCCAACCCCCAGGCCAUCACCACCGUUCGGAACGUUUACGAUCGCUUCCUGGCCAAGUUCCCUCUAUUGUUUGGAUACUGGAAAAAAUAUGCCGAUCUGGAGUUCUCCAUCACCGGCACUGAGGCGGCGGAUAUGGUCUACGAACGCGGUAUCGCUAGUAUUUCGCCCUCUGUCGACCUAUGGACCAACUACUGUUCCUUUAAGGCAGAGACCUCCCACGACGCUGACGUGAUCCGAGAGCUCUUCGAACGUGGCGCAAGCAGCGUCGGGCUAGACUUCCUUGCACACCCCUUCUGGGACAAAUACAUCGAGUUCGAGGAACGCGUGGAGGCGUACGAUAAGAUCUUCGGUAUCCUGGGCCGGGUUAUCCACAUCCCCAUGCACCAGUAUGCUCGGUACUUUGAGAGAUACAGGCAGUUGGCUCAGACCCGCCCCGUGACAGAGUUGGCGUCCCCCGAGACCUUGGCCCAGUUCCGUGCGGAGCUCGAUGCUGCCGCCGGGCAUGUGGCGCCCGGUGCCAAGGCAGAGGCUGAGGUGGAGAGAGACUUGCGGUUGCGCGUGGACAGCCAUCAUCUGGAGAUCUUCUCCAAGACCCAGACCGAGACGACGAAACGCUGGACAUACGAGUCGGAGAUCAAGCGCCCGUACUUUCACGUCACCGAACUCGAUGAGGGCCAGCUCACCAACUGGAAGAAGUACCUCGAUUUUGAAGAAUCCGAGGGCUCCUAUACCCGGACCCAAUUCCUGUACGAAAGAUGCCUGGUGACGUGUGCUCACUACGACGAGUUCUGGCAACGCUAUGCCAGGUGGAUGGCCGGCCAGUCCGGCAAGGAGGAAGAAGUGCGGUGUAUCUACCAACGUGCCAGCUGCUUUUACGUGCCGAUCGCCAACCCUGCGACCCGUCUUCAGUAUGCCUACUUCGAAGAGAUGUGCGGCCGUGUGGAUGUCGCCAAGGAGAUCCAUGACGCCAUCUUGAUUAACCUCCCCAACCACGUCGAGACGAUCGUGUCCCUGGCGAACAUGUCUCGCCGCCAUGGCGGUCUUGAGGCUGCCAUUGAAGUGUACAAGAGCCAGUUGGACUCGCCACAGUCAGACUUGGCUACGAAGGCGGCGCUGGUUGCAGAAUGGGCUCGCCUGCUAUGGAAGAUCAAGGGCUCUUCCGAGGACGCCCGCCAAGUUUUUCAGAAGAACCAACAAUACUACCUCGACAGCCGACCAUUCUGGACUAGCUAUCUGAACUUCGAGCUGGACCAGCCCACCAGUGCCCCCACUGAGAAUGUUCAGUACGAGCGGAUCAAGAAGGUGAUUGAAGACAUUCGGUCCAAUAGUACCCUUCCGGCCGCCGUGGUCAGAGAGCUGGUCCAGAGCUAUAUGGUCUACCUCCUCGAACGUGGCACGAAGGAUGCUGCCAAGGAGUACAUGACUCUGGACCGUGAAGUCCACGGCCCUGCCUCGGUGUCUAAGAUGAAGGCCGAGGAAGCGGUGCAGCCUCCCCAGCCUGCUCCCCAGGCCACGCCUGUAGCGGAAAUUGCUGUCCCAACUCCCCCUCAGGCUAACCCUUACGCAUACUAUCAGCAGUCACCGGUUAACGGUGGCAUGCGAGAAGGCAUCUGCUGCGGGCAGACUGCCUGCUUCUCGACUGCUCUUCCACGAUCUGAUGCCCAUCUUCUUGCUCCCAAUCACCCCGCCGCCAUGGAUGAUAUCGUGAUGAACGGUUCCUCAGAGGCGCACCCUCCCAUGCCUCCUCCCGAACCCAUCGAACGCCCUCCCACGCCUCCCCCACCCCCACCAGAGGAUUCCGCCGCCCCUCCGCCGCCGCCAGACACGUCCGCGCCUCCACCACCGCCCGAAGACCUCCCUCCUGCACCGCCGCCGGAGACAGAGCCCAAGAAGCAGAAAGUCGGAUGGGGAGCCAAACGACCCGCCGCCACCCCGCUGAGUGUGGAAGAACUCGUGCGGAAAAAGAGAGAAGCUGAUGCGGCUGCCGCGAAGCCGAAAUUUCUGUCGAAGAAGGAACGAGAAAAGCUCGCUUUAGAGAAGCGGGCUAAAGAAGUCGAAGCCACCCGCAGAUUAAAGUCCGAGAGUGCCUCCAAUGGCGAUAGAAGUGCUACGCUCUCACCUUCGGUCGGCUCGAACGGACGUAAUGGCGACGCGAGAUCGAUUCCUACCGGCCCUCGGGCUAUGCGCAAGUCAGAUGCUCCGACUGCACCGGCGGCGAUGCGCCACUCCCAGUCUCAUAAUAAGAACUACGACAUGUCCCCGCCGCCCCCGCCGAAGUCGAUGUCUUUUGGUUUGACGAGUGGGAAGAGCGGUAGCCGUGUCGUGGAUGAUGAUGAGGCAGUGGCUCAAGCAGCCCUGGUGAAGCAGAGAUACAUGGGCGCGGAUCAGACGUCGAAUUUCUCCGCGAAGAAGAAGCGCAAGAGGACAACGGACCGGAAAUUUAACUUCGAGUGGAACGCCGAGGAGGAUACCAGCGGCGACUAUAACCCGCUAUAUCAGACCCGGCAUGAGGCGAACUUCUAUGGCCGUGGUCGUCUGGCUGGCUUCGGCGACGAUGUCGCAGACUCAGUGGCACAGAAGUACGCGCGGGCCCUCGAAGACCGCGAUCGCGAGGCAGGAGGCAUUCGCGCUAGAGAGAUUCUUGAGAUGGAGCGUCGACGCAGGGAAGAAAGCACACGCAACCAGCUCGACAAGCACUGGAGCGAGAAGAAGCUCGAGCACAUGCGCGAGCGCGACUGGCGUAUCUUCAAGGAAGACUUCAACAUCAGUACCAAGGGCGGCAGCGUCCCUAACCCUAUGCGUUCGUGGGACGAGUCCGGCCUCCCCAAGCGCCUCAUGGAGCUCAUCAGCCGCGUCGGCUACAAGGAGCCCACCCCCAUUCAGCGUGCCGCCAUCCCCAUCGCCAUGCAAUCCCGCGAUCUCAUCGGUGUCGCCGUCACCGGUUCCGGUAAGACGGCAGCCUUCCUCCUCCCCCUCCUCUGCUACAUCGCCGAACUCCCGCGCAUCGACGAAUUCGAAUGGCGCAAGAACGACGGCCCCUAUGCCAUCGUGCUCGCCCCGACUCGUGAAUUGGCGCAACAGAUCGAAAUCGAGGCCAAGAAAUUCACCACCCCACUCGGCUUCAACGUCGUCAGUAUCGUCGGUGGUCACUCGUUCGAAGAACAAGCUUACAGUCUACGCGACGGCGCCGAAAUCAUCAUCGCCACCCCCGGUCGUCUCGUCGACUGCAUCGAGCGCCGCAUGCUCGUCCUCAGCCAAUGCUGCUACGUGAUCAUGGACGAAGCCGACCGAAUGAUCGACCUCGGCUUCGAAGAACCCGUCAACAAGAUCCUCGACGCCCUUCCCGUCUCCAACGAGAAACCCGACAGCGAAGAAGCCGAAAACUCCCUCGCCAUGAGCCAACACAUCGGCGGCAAAGACCGCUACCGCCAAACCAUGAUGUACACCGCCACCAUGCCCACGGCCGUCGAACGCAUCGCCCGCAAAUACCUCCGCCGCCCCGCCAUCGUCACCAUCGGUUCCGCCGGCGAAGCCGUCGACACCGUCGAGCAACGCGUCGAGAUGGUCGCCGGCGAAGACAAGCGCAAGAAACGUCUCGGCGACAUCCUCUCGUCCGGCGAAUUCCGGCCCCCCAUCAUCGUCUUCGUCAACAUCAAACGCAACUGCGACGCCAUCGCCCGCGAAAUCAAACACUGGGGCUUCUCCUCCGUCACCUUACACGGUAGCAAAACCCAAGACCAGCGUGAAGCCGCCCUGGCCUCCGUCCGCAACGGUACCACCGACGUCCUGGUCGCCACCGAUCUGGCGGGACGUGGUAUCGACGUCCCCGACGUCAGUCUCGUCAUUAACUUCAACAUGGCCGGCUCCAUCGAAAGCUAUACCCAUCGUAUCGGUCGUACCGGUCGUGCUGGGAAAAGUGGUGUCGCUAUUACCUUUUUGGGUAAUGAAGAUACCGAAGUUAUGUACGACCUUAAACAAAUGCUCAUCAAAUCGCCCAUCUCGCGCGUCCCCGAAGAACUCCGCAAACAUGAAGCCGCGCAAUCGAAACCCACUCGGGGAUUUUCAAAGAAGAGUAAUACGAAUAAUGAUGAGGGAGGUGGUGGUGGUGCUCUAGCGAAAAUCGCAUCUACUCUCAAAGAACACUACGAGGGAACAGAAAAUGAAUAG